AAAGAACAGGCACGAGAGUACUCGAAUGGAAACAAAUAUAAACAACACAAUACUUCACGACUUUCUUACUACUAAACUUUACUAAGUCGCUGCCAAUUAAAAUAUAUUGAAGUAUUUAGUAUUAUCCACGGAUUUUUCUGGCAAGAAUCUCAUUUGUAACUGGUUUAUACUGACAACCAGCAUGAAAAUAUUCUGAUUCCAACUAAAUUGAGAGCUUCUGAGUGAUCAUGUGACACUGACUUUUGAUCUGUCCCUGACACUGACAAUUAGUAACACCAUUAAGCCGUUAAUAUAGCCGGACAAAAAAGAUAUGGAAGCAACAGAUAGAUCAUACCGUUUCUUGUUGCUGUUUUUCAACUGUAUGCUAACAUUUGGAUCUUAUUUUUGUUUUGAUAUGCCAAGUGUUUUACAAUCACAGUUUACUGGGGUAUCAAACUGCACAGAAAAUUCCACUAUUUGCGAUGAAUGUAAAGGAUGUCUUGGGAUGUCUAAUGAUGAUUACAAUCUGUUAUAUGCUAUUUAUGCAUGGACGAAUGCUGUAGUAGUUAUUGGUGCUGGUUUUCUGAUUGAUAAACUAGGCAAUAGAAUUGGAUUAUUCCUAUUUUCAUUCCUGUGUGUUCUGGGGUCAGCCACAUUUGCUGCAGGAGUAUUCUUCAAAGGAACAUCAGCCAUGUUACCAGUAAUGUUAAUUGGUCGGUUGUUGUUUGGAUCUGGGAAUGGUUCUUUGACAAUUGUUCAGAAUAGAAUUACAGCAUACUGGUUUAGAAACAAGGAAUUAGCUAUGGCCUUUGGAAUAACUUUGGCUUUUUCACGUCUUGGAAGUGUAUUGAAUUUCUUUAUGACACAGAUAUUUGAGGAUGCUUAUGGACUGACAUGGACUUUAUGGGCAGGUGCAAUCUUAUGUGGUUUGGGUUUUAUUUCAUCCUUCAUUGUAAGUUUUAUGGAUAUAUAUGGCGUAAGACAGCUGGGAGAUGAACAAAACCUUCAAACAGAGUCUAAAAAACUAAAAGUAACAGACAUAAAGUAUUUCUCCAUGUCGUACUGGUUGUUGGCAUUGACCAUUAUGUUCUUCUAUAAUGGAGUUUUCCCUUUUGUUGCAGAUGCAAGUGAUUUUAUUUUUGAAAAGUAUAAAGAUAAAUAUGACUUCAGUAAGAGAACAUCCUCUAUAUUGGCUGGUGCAGUAUAUGACGUUUCUAUGGUGUUGUCACCAUUUCUUGGUGGUUUAAUUGAUGUAAUUGGAAUGAGAGGAAUUCUUGCCUUAACUUGUGCCUUGUUAACUAUACCUGUCUUUGGAAUACUAGCGUUUACUUAUGUAUACCCACUAGUGGCAACUUUAUGGCUGGGAAUUACCUAUUCUUUUGCUGCAGCUAGUAUGUGGCCCUCAAUCCCACUUGUUGUGAGUCAGGCUACAGUCGGUACAGCUAUGGGAUUAACUACCUCAAUACAGAUGAUUGGUAUAGGAAUAUCUAACUUGGUUGUCGGACAAAUACUAGGCAAAAGUCAAGAUUUGUCAAGAGAAGAUUCAUUAUUGAGAUGGAAAUAUGUAAUGAUAUAUCUGCUGGCCAAUUCGUUGGCCUGUGUUGCUACCACUACAAUUCUUAAUCUAAAUGAUAAAAGAAGGGGUGGUAUAUUAAAUCUUAGUAGAAAACAGAAGUUGGCAAUAGCAGAACAAGUAGCAAAAGAAAUAGAAGAAGAUGAUGAGAGACGUCCUCUUUUACGAGAUGCUAGUAAACCAAGUAUAAACUAGACACUGAGUCGGCUAAAUUAAUAAUGACAUAUUAAGAUUGUGUUAAUACUCACUAUUUGUACAUAGGCAUAGUAGAUGAAUGUACUCUACUUGUACAAGGGUCCAAAUUUUGCUUUCCUGUUUGUGUCAAGUGUUAUUUGUCUGUAAAAUAUGACAUGUACAUAUAGGUGUGUACAGAUUAAAAUGAGUUGUAUGUGAGAUUAAUUUGUUGGUCAGUACAACUGCUGCAAUAGUUGUAACUAUAUGUUGGGGUCCAGUAUGUAUUACGUUGUAUAGAUUGUAUUAUAUUUAUUAUGUUGCUAUACCUCUCGCUAAUAAAACAGGCAGUAUGUUAUAAUGAUGGAGUCCGUCUGUUCAUUCUUUCACUCCACUUUCAUAUCGGCAACUGCUCCUAAACAGAGUUUUAAUAAAUUUUCAUAAAAUCUUUCA